AUUCGCCCUUCCUCCCUCGCCCUCGAUUCGUUGCCGCACUUGGUACCAUCGGCCAAACUGGCCCUGGACGUCGUCGACGAUGUCGGCCGCGUCUCCCACGAAUGAAACGCACCGUCCGCCGUCGCUGCGCUCGGUGGCGAGCGCGAACAGGGCAGCAGAUCCCCCGCGGGGACCGCACCAGGGCCGCGCGCGUUCCAGCACGGUUACAGGCGCGCCUGUCGCGUCGACGUCUGCUGGCCCGGUGCCGGAGAUGCCAGACUAUGAUGAGGACAUGGCGGACGCGACGUGCGUGAGCGAGACCGCGCCCCAGCGUUCGCCCCGACGGGCGGCAACUGGGCCGGUGGGACAGAAAUCUGUCACUCUCGCACCUACAGACUCACUCACAGCAUUCACCCGUCGACCGUCACUCCAGCGCAUUGACAUGAACUUCCGAGACUCAGUCCUUACCCAGGACUCCAACGCCUCCUCCUCGGUCUACCCAUUGUCCACUUCUACGGCAUCGAUGACGGAGACCCCCUCCCCACGGUCCUUUUCAUUUGCUGAACGCGAACUGGCCUCCCUCGAAACGGAGGUCGAUCACAUCCAGGAGUUCAACGGCGACGAUGUAUCUUAUCGCUUGCGCCUUCUCGUGAAAAACAAUUACUGGCUACCACCGGCCCACUCCAAGCCUAAACCUUCCGACCUUGCUCUUCCCAACACGAAGAAGCCCCAGCGAUCCACCACACCUGCCUUCCUCGAUCUCUUCCGCAUAGGCAAGGGAAAGAAACCAGGCACCCCGGAUAGCUCCAGUUCAUCUACCGACGGUUCCAGUCCGGCCCUGCGAACACCUACCGACGCACCUGUCUACCCUCGCUCGGCGCCCGCGACCCCUCGAAUGCCGCAGCGCCCCGCUACCAGCCCCGCCGAUACUCGGUCGCGCCCCGGCCGCGUCGUGGUAGUGCGCGAGAGGAUGGACGACCUGUCAUCUGCUGCGAAGGCGGCUGAGCAGGAAAUAAAGACGAAGGCCGCUGGCCAGGGCUCGCAGCAGGCGCCGUCCAACGUCUUCGACGGCGUUGUGGACCCGACGGAUGCGGUGGACGUUCCGCCGCCGUCUUCGUCCUACUUUGCCGUGCAGGCGUCUGAGGUGCACGGGCUCGGCGUGCAGGAUUCCGUGGGAGCGGCUCUGCUGGCAGACCGCUUGCCGCCCUCCUCGACCUCGACUUUGGCGGACCCGGAGAACGCAUGGAGAAAGCAGCUUCUGCAUGCUGCAGUGGACCUCUCGCUGAACACGUCGCCGGAGAGCUCGAGAUUGCCAUCGCCGGCUGUCCCGAGUUGGCCGACGAGCUCGCUGCCACCGUCUCCCAAUGUCAAGACCAAUGCCCCGCACCCGAAGGUGAUGCUCGACAGGCGCAUCAUCAGGCAUCCGGUCAUGAUGGGCAGCAACCCCAGCGAGGCGUCUAUCCGCUCAUUACCUGCACGCCCGAAGCCGAAGAGAGGCGAUACCUUGUCGAAGCCGGCAGAAUAUGUCCCCGAGCGAGCGUCGACACCGUCGACGCCUCUGAUCGCACUCGCGCCUGCGCCGCGCUCGAAUUCUGAUAGGGACAGACCUCGCGCAGCUACGGCUACAAGUCACAGCCCCUCGUCAUUUGUGGCACCCCGCGCUUCGACCUCGACGACGCCCGCGCCAUCAGUCUCGAGCGCGCGUAGUGUGCGGAAGGUCGCGUCGUCUCCUCAUCUCUCUGGCCAGGGUGGUAUGACGAUGACGCCGCCCCCAAUACCAGGACUCAGGCCGGGCGCGCUGACUUCUUUGUCCCAAUAUUCUGAGCCACGGACAAGCAACGCUGAAGUACGGGCUGAGUCACGAGCAGAGUCGACAUACUACUCGGACAUGGACGUGCGCUCGCAGACACGCUCGCCACCGACGUCUGCAUUCCAUACCGCCCUAAAUGACGACUGGCAAUCCUUCUUGGACGUUGACAGUGAGGACGAGGUGGACGAUGCGCACGUUAUGGCGCCGCCGCGAAUCAGUGUCGAGCCCGAACCGGAGCCUACGCCAGCAAGCUUCUCCCCCCCUCCACGGUCGUCGUCGUUCACGCCCCCGCCUAGAGCAUCGACGUCGUCAAACCACUUCCUCGCGCUGUCGCCAGCGCCCAGGCCACCCAGGAAGGGCUCGCUCCUGGCCGUGGGGUCAAUAUCAAGCGGCUCGCCCUCGAUGAUUCGCUCGCACUCAGAGCCGACGCCGUCGGGGUCGUCGGAGACGCAUGGUGGGCGCUCGCGGUCUACGAGUACUUCAAGCAGGCGCAGUGCUGCAUCGAGCAAGUACAGCGCGUCGAGUAGGCUCAGUGAGGAUCGACGUCGAGACGAGGGCGUGCCGGAAAUCCUCGCGCCCGACCCGACGACGCCGCCGUUCCCGGUGACGCCUCCCUUCCCUGUCACGCCGCCAGCGGAUCGGGAGACCAUGGCGCCGGUUUCUUCGCCCUCGAGCUCGGUCACGCCGUUCGGAGGUCGCCGCCCUGCAUUUCCUGGGAUGUCGCUGGACAUACCGAGCGAGUAUGUUCCGGCGGAUAUACAUUCUGCGCCGCCCAUCCAGUCUUCUCUUCCGAUUCCGAGACAGGUCGCGUCUCCGCUGCACAUCGCGCCGCCAGCGUCGUCGCCACAGUCAUUUUUCGACGCGUUCCAGGAUCAGGCGUUCGCGCAGGAGCUCGCGGAAGAGGAGGAGGAAGACGAAGACGAGUCGGAGCUUAGCGAGGAGGACGAUGUUUACUCUACCUCGGCGCAUGGGAGUGCGUAUAGCGGGAGGGGAAGUGCUCAGGGCAGUCUGUACAGCGGGCGGGCGAGCAGCACCUACGGUGGACGGACCAGUAGCGCGCGGGGGAGCAUCGAGUCGCGGUACCCUCCACCCUCCUUCCCUCGAGCGCGUGCGGAGUCGGCAGCGGCGCCGACACCUCCACGGCCGUCUUUCAUGCGCCUGGGCAACCACUCGCUACCACAUGUCGGCGCGGCGCUCGUCAGUCCUGCGCUCGUCGAACGCCUGCGGCCGGUGGAGAACAAGCCGGAGAAGUCUAAACGCUUCUUCACGGAUCUGCGCAGUGAGCCGGGGCACGCGAACUCGCCCUACGGUAUGGCCGCCUUCGCUUCGAGUCGCGUCUCGCAACAGAGGUCGGCUACGGCGACGACUGCGGCGAUCGAGAGUACGGCGGAGGAGCCGAGGGGCAGGAGGUCGGACGAGCCGGUGUCGUUGGUCAGGAAGGAGUCGUUGGCGAGGUUGGACGGGAUGUUACAGCGGCACAUUGCGGCGGAGAAGGAUACGAUGCGCCGGAUCACCAGUACUGCGAAGGGGAGAUAGAAAGAAUGGAUGGGGAAGGGGGAGGUUGUGAGGUAGGAGGGUAGGAGGCUAGUUGUUAGCAGGAGUAGUAGCAGGUAGCGGACUCGAGAUUAUACUCACGUACAUACGUGUCCUCGCGCACAAUCACAGUCAAUCACACAUUCCUUUGCUCUAGUCGUACACAGUAUAUAUCUUAUUUUCUAUGCGUAUACGUACCUAUACAAGUUCAUACUUGCUGCAUCUUUUCGCGUAUAUACCCUUUUAGGUCACCGCUGCGGUUAUUAUCACAGGCUCUCUAACAGAAUCCAUAUGCUGACUUCUGUACUCUCAUAUUGGGGUGGCGGGGCAGGAAAGCGCCGUUUUAUGGCCUUGUUCACGAUCUGGAUUGUCCAGUUUUCGAGUUGUGGGUCCAUAGUAGCUACAGUGCGUGACCGGGAAGCUGGUCAGACCGGGAAGCUGGUCAUAGCGUUUGUAGCGUACCGUAUCCGAUGUCUCGGU